AUGGAUGGAUUUAUUGAUGCUAAGGGAUGGCUUGAAUGGGCGGGUGAUUUCGCUUUGAAGACAUUGUAUUAUGCAGAGUUCAAAAAUACCGGACCAGGUUCAGAAAUAGUUAACCGAGUUAAUUGGCCCGGUUAUCAUGUGAUCAAUGAAACUGAAGCUAUUUGGUUCACCGUCUCAAACUUUAUUGUUGGAGAUAGCUGA